CGGGGCCUCGCGGCUGGGGCGGGCCGGGCCGGGGACCUAGCUGCCACCUCCCGCUGCGCAGUGCUCUUCCUGGAGCGAGUUCUUGUCGUUGAGCUUCUGGGACAGCGGUUCAGGCAGCGAUGGCGCCGCCCUGGCUGCCCGCCGUGGGCUUCACACUGGCGCCCAGCCUGGGGGCCUUUGUGGGCUCCUACUACGUCCGCGGAGAGGGCCUCCGCUGGUACGCCAGCCUGCAGAAGCCCUCGUGGCACCCGCCCCGCUGGACGCUGGGCCCCAUCUGGGGCACGCUGUACUCGGCCAUGGGAUACGGCUCCUACCUGGUCUGGAGAGAGCUGGGGGGCUUCUCGGAGGAGGCCGUGGUCCCCCUGGGCCUCUACGCCGGGCAGCUGACCCUGAACUGGGCGUGGCCUCCCAUCUUCUUCGGCGCCCGACAGAUGGGCUGGGCUCUGGGGGAUCUGCUGCUGACGGGCGGGGUGGCAGCGGCCACCGCCGUGGCCUGGCACAAGGUGAGCCCUUCAGCCGCCCGGCUGCUCUACCCGUACCUGGCCUGGCUGGCCUUCGCGUGUGCGCUUAACUACUGCGUCUGGCGGGACAACUACGGCCGGCGCGGCGGCCGAAGGCUUGUGGAGUGAGGCGCCGCGCCCUCCGAGGCCUGUGGCUGCUGCCCACGGGCCUCGCUGGUGGUGGUGGCGGCGGCCCUCACGCUUCCGUGGCCUCCUCGCCUGUGAGUUUGUCUGGAUGCCAGCCCAGGGGGUCACCACCGGCUUCGGGGUCGCCCCAGGCCGAGCCGCACCCUAGAAGCAGCGCCCCACCCUUCCCGCACUCCUUGGGGCGCCGUGUCGGCACUCGGAAUUUUAUAAACCAAAUAAAGCUUUUAACCCGG